AUGUGGGUGAGGCCGAGCGCCACUCCAGGCCGUCUCUUUUUGCCUCCACCAAUCCGCGAUCCACCAGCCCACUGCAACCUCGUACCUAGUCGAGACGAGACGGUCCAGGAACAUGAGCCGUUGCUACGAGUACCAGUAAUUGCACUCGCGCAAACAACUCGAGGUACUGAAAGUAUCGAUGCUCAUCGGCCAAUCUCUCACCCCCUCCCCCCCCGGUCACUGCAAAUCCAGAACCUGGAGGGGCGUGCGAAGAAGCUUCUCUCAACGCCCAAGUUUCCCCAAAUCGACGGCGCCUCUCCACCAUGGAGUCUCUUGGACGAUGCCGCCGCCUCUUCUGGGCUCUAG